GAGGAAAGCAAAAGAAAGCAGCAACAAAGCCAAAGCUCUCUCUCUCAUAACUUUCAACGCAACCAACAAUGUUGGGUGGUCUCCAGAGGCACGAACUUCUUCUCUUCUCCUACUCAUUCUCUUCCCCUCCUUCUCCGUCCAGAAUUCCCGCCUCUCCGUCUUCCUCUUCCACCUAGCUUCUCCACCCGCCGCCACUUGCCUCGGAUAUAGACUUCAGUUGUACUGCAAUUUCUUAUCCUGGAAAUGGGGACUUAAGAUGAAUAUCUGAUCUUUCUGGAGUACGUGAACUGAAUGUGAGAUUGAUUUGAUUUGAUCACAUCACAGAUCUAAAUUUACGUCUGGAAAAAGCUGACGAGGUACUAGUAAUUCUACAUUGAGAUAUAUGGAGUCUGCACGAUGUUGGUUCGGCAAAUUCAGGUCAAAAGACAAAGCAAGGCCUUCGAAAAAGAAAGAAGCCUCAAGCAACGGCAAAGAGGGGGCUAAAGCACCAAGUAGUGAAGAAUUGCCGUCAAAUGUAACGAAACAAAGGGUUGCAGCUGCAAAGCAGUAUAUUGAAAAUCAUUAUAAGAAGCAGAUGAAGGACCUGCAAGAAAGAAGAGAGCGGCGAGAUUUGCUUGAGAAGAAAUUGGCUGAUGCGGAGGUCACGGAGGAAGAGCAAAGCAACUUAAUAAAAUAUUUAGAGAAAAAGGAAACAGAGUUCAUGCGGCUCCAGAGACAUAAAAUGGGAGCUGAUGAUUUCGAGCCAUUGACAAUGAUAGGCAAGGGCGCAUUUGGGGAGGUUCGAAUAUGUAAAGAGAAGUCAACAGGUCAUGUAUAUGCAAUGAAGAAGCUUAAGAAAUCAGAGAUGUUGCGUAGGGGCCAGGUUGAACAUGUAAAAGCUGAAAGGAAUUUGCUUGCAGAGGUUGAGAGCAAUUGCAUUGUCAAACUAUAUUGCUCAUUCCAAGAUGAAGAAUAUCUAUAUCUUAUAAUGGAAUAUUUACCUGGUGGGGAUAUGAUGACAUUACUUAUGCGGAAGGAUACCCUAACUGAAGAUGAGGCUAAGUUUUAUGUUGGGGAAACUGUCCUGGCUAUCGAAUCUAUCCAUAAGCAUAACUAUAUCCAUAGAGAUAUCAAGCCUGACAAUUUGCUACUAGACAAGCAUGGCCACAUGAAGCUCUCUGAUUUUGGACUAUGUAAACCUCUAGAUUGCACCAACCUCCAAGAAAAAGAUUUUACGGCAUCGAAUAAGCUUAGUGGAGCUCUUCAGAGUGAUGGAAGACCUGCAGUACCAAGACGCACACAACAGGAGCAAUUGCAGCACUGGCAGAGGAACAGGAGGAUGCUUGCUUAUUCGACAGUUGGAACACCGGACUACAUUGCCCCUGAGGUUUUGCUGAAGAAAGGAUAUGGAAUGGAAUGCGAUUGGUGGUCUCUGGGUGCUAUCAUGUAUGAGAUGCUUGUGGGAUACCCACCAUUCUAUUCCGAUGAGCCAAUGUCAACUUGUAGGAAGAUUGUUAAUUGGAAGACUCAUUUAAAAUUUCCGGAAGAAGCAAGGCUAUCUCCCGAUGCUAAGGAUCUUAUCUGUAGACUGUUAUGCAACGUAGAACUGAGGCUUGGGACUAAGGGUGCGCACGAAAUAAAGGCACACACUUGGUUUAAAGGUGUUGAAUGGGAGAAGUUGUAUCAGAUGAAAGCUGCAUUUAUCCCUGAGGUCAAUGAUGAGCUGGACACUCAAAAUUUUGAGAAGUUUGAUGAGGAUGACAGCCAAAUGCAGACUCCAAAUAAAUCUGGACCAUGGAGAAAGAUGCUAUCAUCCAAGGAUAUCAAUUUUGUGGGUUACACAUAUAAGAACUUCGAAAUCGUGAAUGACCAUCAAUUGCCUGGGAUAGCUGAACUGAAGAAGAAGAACACAAAGCCGAAGAGACCAUCGAUCAAGUCCCUUUUUGAGGACGAGACAGCAGAGGAUGAUGCCAUUCAAGAACAGCCCGCGCAUGGCGGUGGUGGCAGCUUCCUGGGACUCUUGCCUCCGAAACAUGAUCAUUACGGACAACCGAGUAGAUCGAAAUGACCUGCUGACUCGUUUGGCUACAAGGUGUAUUAAUUUCUGAUUUGGAUGCGUUAACAUAUGCUAUACGCUUGAGCUGAAAGCACCAGGAAGAAGGAUGAUCCAAACCAACUGAACUAGUGAGAGAAUAGCUUGCUAGAUGGCUCUGGUUCGCCAUUUUGUGGAUUGGGUUUACCGGGGCGCCGGAAAGACCAAACCAGGUUGUUGUGGGGGGAAACGGCGGCAGUUUUUGAAGUUUUCUUGUCCGAGAGCUUGUUGGGUGACGAGUUGGAUUGGUGGUGGCGGUGGCGGCGGAGGUGGUGGCUAUGGAUUGCAUUAAUGUAAAAUGCUAAGAGUUUUGAGUAAAUAUUCUUUCAGGACAUAGUUGUUGUAUUCUAUUGCCUCUUUGUCAAUCAAGCUGUGAUAUAAUCUGUGUCCAUAUCGUUUGACUUCCCCAUGUGCUCUUUCUUUCUUUUGUACAUUUUUCUGGUUCCAACAAAUUUUAGCCAAGUGAAGCUAUGUUCGUUUACAAAUGGGACUGGCCCUGGUAGCUCAAUAGUAGUACCUCUUUCACGUCUGAUGGUUAGCAUGGAGCACGUUUGGGUAUUUGUUUUUUAGAAACAGUACUUUCUUAAUAAAAAUAGAGAAUGAAAUGAUAUAAAGUCGAGAUUUGAGA